AUGAGGAAGGGAAUGUCAUCGUUUGGGAAGUGUUGUAAUAAGAUGCACACAUUGUGCCGACGCUGUGGCUCUAAGACCUACCACCUUCAGAAGUUGACCUUCGGGCCAGGCGCGUUGACCUUCGGCAAAUGUGGCUACCCCGCCAAGAGCAAGAGAAAGUAUAACCGGAGUGCCAAGGCUAAACGACGAGAUACCACCGGGACUGGUCGAAUGAGGCACCUAAAAAUUGUGUACCGCAUAUUCAGGCAUGGAUUCCGCGAAGGAACACCACCUAAACCCAAGAGGGCAGCUGUUGCAGCAUCCAGCUCAUCUUAAGAAUUUCACCGAUUAGUCACGCAAUAAAUGUUCUGGUUUUAAAAAUA